UAAUCAAUGACUAUUGUGUGCAGGCAUUAUUGUGAUGGUAUCGUAUUGUGAGCUGAACCAGUAGAGUAGGGAUGGCUAUUGUGUUUGGCCAUUAUCCUGGGCUUCUAAAGCUGAUUGAAUCCCAAGGAUCUGGAUACACAUGAUAGACACAUGGUUCAUUGAUCAUAGCGUCCCUUCUCCAUUUGCCAGGUGGUGAGGCUAGUCCUGCAGUCUUCCUUGCUCCGUACUUUUCUUCUGUAGGAAAGGCUCUAUCGUAUUCUUGACCAGUAAUCAGCAAAAAUGGUUCGCCGUUCCUCACGCACCCGCAGACAACCUGUCCGCUUUGGCUACACCGACAGGUUUGAGCCUUACGCGCAUUCACGCAGACGGGAAACAGUCCGCUCUCAGGGACGUCGCUAUGUGCCGGCAACACCACUUACCUUGCCUACUUUAAAGGAGAAAAAAACCCAGCUGAAGGUGUCGUCCGUGAACCUGUGUCGGGAUCGAAACCAGCAGGAGCACAAGACCGGCAAGUACAAGGUAGACAGUCUGGUCUUACGUCGGGGCCAGCCUUUCCACAUCGAUGUCAAGUUUGAUAGGGAUUACAAGCCCAGCACUGAUGAGCUUGUCCUGGAAUUGCGAAUGGGGAGCCGUGCCAACUUGACCAGAGGCACCCGCUGUGUGGCCCCUGUGGUUACCUCCAACCCUGAUCAUGAUGAUUGGGGCAUCAAGGUGGAGAGUGCCAAGGGCCCCAAUGUGACCCUGAAGGUCUUCUGCAGCUCGCAGGCUCUGAUUGGCUACUACAAACUGUUCAUUGUGACCACCACGGGAGAGGACGAGUAUGAGUAUGAGUUUCCUGAGGAGCUGAUAAUGAUUUUCAACCCAUGGUGCAAAGAUGACGGUGUAUAUAUGGCGGAGGAAGCCAAGCGACAGGAGUACGUCAUGAGUGAAGUCGGUCUGUACUUCUAUGGCUCCAAGUACCGCAUUGGCAGUUCACCGUGGAACUACGGGCAGUUUGAGAAAGUGUCUUUGGAUUGUGCCUUGUAUUUGCUGCAAAAGUCAGGCAUGCCUGACUCUAGUCGUAAGAGCCCCAUCCAGGUCUCAAGAGUUAUGUCUGCCUUGGUCAAUGCCCAGGAUGAUGAUGGGGUGCUGUUUGGCAGAUGGGAUGGGGAAUAUGAUGACGGGAUCGCACCUACUUUCUGGACUGGCAGUGUGGCCAUCCUGUCCCAGUACAUGAAGACUCAGGAGUCUGUCAAGUAUGGCCAGUGCUGGGUGUUUGGCAGCCUCCUGACUGGACUGUUGAGGAGUCUCGGUUUACCCACAAGGACUAUCACCAACUUUGCGUCUGCCCAUGACACGGAUGGCAACCUGACUCUGGACUAUCACUAUGAUGAGAAUUCAGAGCCACUGGAUGACUAUGAUGAAGACAGCAUCUGGAAUUUCCACGUGUGGAACGACUGCUGGAUGGCUAGGCCAGACCUUGAAGAAGGUUACGGGGGCUGGCAAGCUGUGGAUGCCACACCACAGGAGACCAGCAAUGGGGUGUUCUGCAUGGGUCCCUCUUCCUUGCGUGCCAUAAAGCAGGGUCACGUGCACCUAAACUACGACACCAAGUUCUCCUUUGCAGAGGUCAAUGCUGAAAAGGUCUACUGGAAGGUCUUCACUAAAUCCAGAAAGGCUCCAGAGGUCAUAGAUAUUGACUCAGAUGAUGUUGGAUGCAAAAUCAGCACGAAAGCUGUUGGGAAAUUUGAGCGUGAAGAUAUCACCUUGCAGUACAAGUACAAGGAAGGUUCGGAGUUGGAGCGCAUUGCUGUUAGGGAGGCCAGUAGUCAUGUCCGCAAGGCCAAGAGAAUUCUCAAGAACCUCACUCGAGAUGUUGUCUUUGAUGUGGACAUGGCGGAGCAGUUCCCCAUCGGGAAAGACAUCAAGUUUACCAUCACCUUGGUGAACAAAGCACAACAGGCACGCUCUGUGUUUUUGGCUGUGACAGGGAACAGUGUGUAUUACACAGGAGUCAAGAAGGCCAAGGUUUCAUCCUACAAUGGGGUACUGACUCUCAAGGGCAAAGAAUCGAAAGUGGUCCCAGUGACCGUGCCUGCAUCUGAAUACUUGCCGCAGUUGACCGAUUAUGCUGGGGUGUCCUUCUUCAUCAUGGCUUCCGUCAAGGAAACCAAGCAGCCUUUCAGCAGGCAGUAUGACUGUGUCCUUGAUAAACCCGACCUGGAUGUCACGACAGAGGGACUAAGAGUUCGUGGCAAGUCCUUGACUACAGUUAUAUCCUUGACCAACCCACUUCCGUACCCAUUGACUGACUGCAGCAUUUUGAUGGAGGGAUCCAUCAUGGAAGGCGCUAAACGCAUUAAGGCACCACAUAUCCCAGUGAAUGGUCGGAUGACCCAAAGAGUGCCUCUGAUCCCUAAGGGUGUCGGUGCUUGCGACCUCAUCGUCAGCUUCACUUCCUCCCAGCUGAGCGGUAUUAAGGCCCACGUCACUCUGAAUGUCAAGAGUGCUUAAGUGCCAACUUGGUUGAGGGUUUCCCCACCUCUCUCCCCUUCCUGCUACCACUUGUACACUACCAGGAAUGGUGUCUUCGAAGUAACUGUUUCAGUUUCUACAGAGAGUGAUUAUACAAGAGUGAUUUUUGAAUGCUUCAUAUUUUACAAUCUUGUGAUGCUUGAAGAUUAUACUUUUCACAGGGACUUGUGAUUUUUAUCUGGGACCCUUUUUUACCACCACCCUCGAACAUGAAUUUUUUAGAAUGCUAUUCUAGGAAUGAGAACUGAAAAGUUGUCAGUCAAAAUGAAUGAAAUUUUUAUUUCCUUCUGAGAUAGGAUUUUUAGAAGUUGUUAAAGUGUUUAUAAAAAGCAUACGCCCAGUUGUCAUCCUCGUGAUCAAUCACUGGCUUUUCUGUAUGCUGAACAUUUACUUCAUUUUGAGGUGUUCUGAAAUUUUGUCCAAACUCAACAACAUUUAUGCAGUGAACUGAGGUGGUAUUUUGUGUAAUGGUAAAUUUCCCUUAUUUCCGUUUUCUUAGUCUAGCGCUACAUCAAGUUUGCUCAGUAAAUGUAUUUUAGGUUGGAUUUUUAAUAUACCCUACGCAACUGUUCAGAUUUUGUGUUUGUUUGGGAUCUUUUGUUUUAUUGUUACGAAGUCCUCUGUAGAGUUUUGUUAGUCAAGUGUGGCUUUUAAUGAAAUGCUCCUUAAUUUUACCAAUUUCACAUAUAUCUUGAUUGGAAGGAAUAUUUGGUUUAAGGUUCUUUGCUUUAUGAGUCAAGAUUUCAGUUUGGGAAGAAUGUUUUUAUUCCUAGUAUGUGUUUUAUGUUGCAGUUCUAUUUUUGUGGUAUUUUACGGAGUGCCUUAUAAAACAAAAAAAAGUAGUUUAGAAAGCAUUGCUGGCAUAGAUGAGUUGGUGAGGAUUGAUUUUUAGGAUCAAUUUUACAUAUAAGGAGUAUUUGUACUUUUUUAAUUGUAGCAAAGUGUAGGAAUUUACUUUCACUUGAGUAUAAAACCAGCCAGUGCCGUGUGUUUCAUUUGGUUUCUUUUCUAUCAGAAGUUUUGGCCAAGAUCACAUUUUUAUAUUUGAAUACAUAGUUUGUGAGAGACAGUUUUUAUGGACGGUACGAAGCAGCUGAAAAACUGGACAAAACUGGUAAAUUAUAUUGAUACUGUAAAAUGUUGCAAUUUAUCAAAAGUGCAACUACUCUCAAAUGUAGUGUACAUGUGAGGCACACAUCCAUGUAGACAGACAGCUUGUGGUUGAAUUUUUACACAUUCCAUUAAAAGUGAAUACAUUUUUCAGCCUCUUUGAUAAUUUUUAUUACUAUUCAGGGGAACAACAAAUUGAAGCAGCGCGGUCUUUAUAAGAUUUUUAGCACUUGUAUUUCUGAUGAUGGAGUAAAAUGGGUUCAGUGCGCUUUUAUUUGAACUUAAUGAAUGUUUGUGAUAUUCAUCACAUGAACGGAACAAAAUUUACUCUUGGUUUGAAGCUUAAACAUGUUUCCAGAAUAUUGUCAAUUCAUGACUUUCAGGUGUCACGGAUGUUUUUGUUAAUUUCAAUAAUUAGAACACUGGAUGUACUCGUUUCUGAAGUAUACUGGUUUUACCAUGUUUAAAUGUUUUCACCUGGUACAGCUUGUAGUAAUUUUAUUUCUUAUAAACCUGUGUAGGACCCAAUAAAUCUUGCGACUUAGAAAUGUUGAUGAACA